AUGUCCAAGGGUACACCCGCUCGAGAUGAAUCACGUAUCGGCGACUUUGUUGUCGAAAAUGAGAUCGGCAAGGGCUCCUUCGCCGUCGUCCACAAGGGCUACCGCCUGCAGCCCCGCGAGCCAGUCGCCAUCAAGAUCGUCACGCGCAAGAAGCUCACGCCCAAGCUACUCGAGAACCUCGAGGGCGAGAUCGCAAUCCUGAAAGCAAUUCACCAUCCCAACAUCGUCGAGCUCAAGGAAUGCCUCAAGACAGAGCACCAGAUCUUCCUCGUCAUGGCUUUCUGCCCAUCCGGCGAUCUCUCCCAGUACAUCAAGAAGCGUUUCGACAUCUAUGACCGUGCAGGCAUCCCGCGACCAGGCGCACUCACACGCGCUCCACCAACCUAUCCGCAUCCCGCAGACGGAGGCCUCAACGAGACAAUCGUACGCUCCAUCCUCACCCAGCUCGCCGCCGCUCUCGAGUUCAUGCGCGGCCGCGACAUUGUUCAUCGCGACAUCAAGCCCCAGAACCUGUUGCUCCAACCGCCCGACGCCGCCUUCCUCGCUCUCGGCAACCCAGCAGAGAUCCCUCAGGUCAAGGUCGCCGAUUUCGGCUUCGCUCGCCAUCUCAGCGUCAACACGCUCGCAGAGACCCUCUGCGGCUCGCCACUCUACAUGGCCCCCGAGAUCCUCCGCUUUGAAAAAUACGACGCAAAAGCAGACCUGUGGUCCGUCGGCGCCGUUCUCUUUGAGAUGACCGUGGGCAAGCCCCCCUUCAAGGCCGCAAACCACGUCGAGCUCCUCAAGCGCAUCGAGCGUGGCGAGGACCGCAUCAAGUUCCCCGACGAGCGCUCUGCAGGCUCGCUCGCCAGAGAAGCUGCACGUCGACAGGAACUCGGCGAGGCCCCGCUACCUCCCCCGCAUCCGGUGUCAGACGAUGUCAAGACCCUCAUUCGCCAGCUUCUCCGCCAGCGCCCCGUCGGCCGCAUGAGCUUCGACGACUUCUUCAACAGCCCUGUCAUUCGCGACUUUAAGGCCUUCAUCCGCCCGCACGCUCAAGCAGAGGCCGUGGAGAGGUACGAGGAUCUCCAGAGGAGCGAUCGCAGCAUCAUCUUGCCAUCAAGCUCGGACAUCCAACAGACAUCCUCCACAUCCGCAGGCGAGCGACCGCAAGCAGCCAGCUCACCUGCUACGCCCAGCUCACCAUCGCCUCGGCCCCGAGCUGAGCCCAAACCUCUGCAGGACGAGACACCCUCGACCCGACGAGCCGACAGCCCUCAAUCCGCCAACGCUCCGACUGCAACGCUCAACCGGACGCCAUCGGAGGCAUCCAGGCCGGUGCGUACCAUUCCACGAGCGUUCUCCGCCAAGUAUGUCACAGGCGAGCCGGACCGCCGUCUCGACGACGUCGACAGGCGCGAUCCUCCCAACAUGGCCCGCACGCCAAGCUCGCCCGGUCUUCCAGAUAAGUUGCUCACUUCCGAUGGACGUGAGGCACACAAUCAGCCAGCUGCUUCGGCCGAAGGCGAAGACAGCUUCCUCGGAAAGGAGUACGUCAUGAUUGAGAAACGCAAUGUCGAGGUCAAUGCUCUGGCAGACGAGCUGGCCGCAUCGCCGCAGACCAGAAUGUCACUCGCUUCGCGACGGCCCUCGCGCCUGUCGCGGCUCAGUUCGGGAGCGCUUCCCACGCCGUCCGACAUCUCACCUCCGACGUCGGCUGCGGUCGCCUCUAGCUCCAAGCCUAUCCGCAUUGCCGGCAACGUCAGCUCGUCCCCGACCGCUGGCGCCUUUGCGCUUCCGCCGGGCGCAAGGCCCUCUUCGGUACCACGCCGAACCAGUCUGUCAUCGUCGGGCUCACCCUCGACUCGUAACGCUGGCCAGGUCAUCACUGCAGGCGAUGCAGCCGCAAGCACCCAAACCUCGCGUCGCGAUGGCCCGUCCUCGUCGUCGCCCAGGGAAGACGUCAGCGUGCUCGGCCAAAAACUCGCUGGGAUGGGUCUGCCAGGCGCCUCGGGUAGCGGUCCUUCGAGCGCUUUGGCGAAAGCGAUCAGCAUGGCGUCGCUGCGCCUGUUUGGCGUUCCGUCGGGCGUGUCGCUGCGAGAUGCGGCUGCGCUGGUGAGGACACGUGCUCAAAGGCGCGGCUUCUUGAGGUCCUCAACCGAGACGUACGACGAGGCCGAGGUGGGCCUGUUGAGCACGCUCGAGGAUCUGGGCCAGAAGGCAUUCGUACUUUCCGAGUUUGCCGAUUCCAAGCUCGCCCACCACUUUCCCGACGGACCGCAUCAGCUCUCGCAGGAUCUGGAUGCCUCGACCGCGACGGGCGUGUCUCCGGGCCGCGCCAGUGCCCAAGGCUCAGCGCGGAGGGUAGGGUCGGUAUCGUCUUCGUCGUCGUCUGCGCUGGAUCCGCUUGCUGCCGAGGCGGCUGCAGCGGAGGCGCUGAUUCUGUACGUGCGCAGUCUGGCGUUCCUGCAACGGGCGAUUGGGUUGACGCGCAAGCAUGUCGAGUCGCGCUCGCGCCCGGGCGUGGCGGCGGUGACGAGUGCCGAACUCAACGAGGUGGUGCAGUGGCUGCGCGCGCGCUUCAACGAGGUGUACGACAAGGCGGACUUUGCGCGGUCGCGAUGCAACGAGCUGCCCGAAUCUGCGCAGCAGGUGGACAAGCUCAUCUUUGACAAGGCGGUGGAGGUGGCCAGGGCGGCAGCGACGGACGAGCUGGAGAACAAUCGCGAAGGCAGUGGGUGGGACCCGGCGCACUGUCUGCUGGCGUACGAGACGGCGAGCUCGAUGCUGUCGUCGCUGCUGGAUCCGGGCGAGGAUGCACUGAGCCUGAGCGAGGGCAGCAUCCUCAUGAUCGACAAGUACGUCAAGAGCAUCAACAAGCGUCUCGUCAUGCUGCAGGAGCAGUUUGGCGCCGGAGCGGCAGGUAGCGGGCCUGCUGGUGUGAGCCCUAGCGGCGUGGAUGUCGAGCCUCGCGCAGGCGAAAGCCGAAGCCGAAUCGACUCGCCACUGUCGAAUGCCUCACCAGCACCAUCGCGCUGA